AUGAAACUAUUUGCCAUUUUUCUCGCCAUUGGUCUUGCAUUACUUUGCCUUGUUUCAAACAGUGAACAAGGUCCUAUCCGUAUCCCGGGUCGAGGUGCUGGUGGAAGUGGUAAACCACGUCAGCAUUUCAUACAUAAAAAUACUCGAAAAGAAGCGGAAGAAGCGGCACGACGACAAGGUGGUGGUCGACCUCCAAUUCAUCACAAUGAACGCGGUCAAAAGUCUCAUUAUCAUCCUUCGGACAAGAAUGGUAACAUUCGAAAAGAUGGCAGUCAUUUUCAAUAUGGCAAGAAAAAGAAUGGUUAA